AUGGCGCCUCUUUCUUUGAAAAUAAUCCUAGAUGAAGCCUCGGUUACGAAGACCCUACUAUUCGACACAAGAACCACAGUUUCACAUGUCCACGACAUCGUUAAAGACAAGAUUGUCUCGUUAAAUCCUGAUAAAGAAUAUGGAUUCUUUUUAACCUCUGCUGAUGACGAGUGCUCAGGAGUAUGGCUCGAGAAUCACAGGACCUUAGAGUACUACAUGCUGCGUGAUGGUGAUUCUCUCUACUACCUUGAGAGGAUGAGGAACCUACGACUUCGAAUGUUAGAUGGUUCAGUAAAGACUCUGCAAGUGGAUGAAUCGAAGGCAAUAGGAGACCUGAUGUUGUAUAUAUGCGACAAGAUAGGAACUACUAAUUACGAAGAAUACGGUCUGUGCCGUGAGCAUAUGGAAAUAGAAGAAGAAAUUAAGCCAAUGACCGGAACACUUACACUGAAAAGGAAAGCCCAAGCACGUGAAAAAGACGCGAAACUAGAACAGCUCAGCAAGAAACUAAAAACUGAUGACAAUGUGGAAUGGUUAGACCAACACAAAACAUUGCGUGAGCUUCAUGUAGAUCCAAAGGAGACUCUCCUAUUCAAGCGAAGGCUCUUCUACUCUGACCGCAAGGUGGAUGCACGGGACCCGGUUCAAUUAAACUUGCUUUAUGUCCAAACGAGGGAUGCUAUCUUGGACGGACGGCAGAUAGUUACGGAAGUGAAAGCUACUGAGUUUGCGGGACUGCAGUGUCAAGUACAUUUCGAAGACUUUAAUGAGGAGAAACACAAGCCUGGUUUUAUAGAAAACUUAAGAGAAUUCCUUCCGGCACAAUAUGCAACAUCAUGGGGUAUUGAAAAGAAAAUAUUCAAAGAGCACAGAAAACACCAAGGUUUGAGUCCGUUGGAGGCAAAAAAUUUGUAUACAAAAACUGCGCGGGAGCUGCCUACUUACGGAGUCACGUUCUUCCUUGUUAAGGAGAAGCAUAAGGGCAAAAAGAAACUAAUUCCCCGUCUGCUGGGAAUAAACGCAUCCUCUAUACUACGCCUGGACGAGGACACCAAAGAGAUUUUGCAAGUAUGGCCACUCACGCAGGUGAAAAGCUACCGUGCCGCUAGUGAAUCGUUUACCCUGGAUUUUGGAGAUUAUAGUGAAAAGGAGUAUGCAGUAAAAACAAAUGAGGCUUUCCGUAUCAAAGAUAUCCUCCAAGGCUACAUCGACAUAAUUCGCAAGAAGCUGGCCGCGCCUUACAACGUCGUGCAUACCGAGGGAGACGUCAUUUGCGAGGAAAAUGUUGAGAUAUCGAGAGGCACCAUAAUCCAAAAUAUAGUACCGUCAAAAAUUGUCGAACAAUCAUUCGUCGGGCCUAGCAGUAUUAUUUCUGUGCAGCAAGGACACCGGUCAAGUGAAGGGACAAAAAUAACAACAGUCCAUGAAGUUGUUACCGUCACUCGAGGUGAUAGGAGUCAACAAGGAAUGAAAGGAGAAGCCCUCGGCGAGCCCCCUAAUAUGUUUGGAAGGAGAUUAAACAGAAUAAACUCUCUUUCUGUCAAAACUGUUGUUCUUCUGUCAGAUGGUAAUGAAGGGGACUAUGGCAGUAUGUAUGAUAUUGCGUCGGACAUGGAAAAUGAAUUGCCUGCUGUGGUUAAAGGCGUAAGAGAUACAGCAAAGAAACUUAACGACGAACAAUCAAAGAAACUACUUGACGAAUUGGAUGAAUUGUGCGAGUAUAUUAACAAUCUAUCAAAUAUAGCGAAAAGCUCGGAUUACGAUAAAGACAAAUUGGAAUCGGCAAAUGAAAUAGCUAAAAAGUUAGCUGAUAUUUCCGCACAGAUGUAUCUUUCACUAGACCCCAGGAGCAAGAGGCGGUCUCAGUUUAUAAAUAGCUCGCGCAACAGCUUUAUAGCUGACGAACAAACAGAAGCAAAUCUUAGAAGGAUGUCACUCAGAACAGUUGUUGAUAGUACUCACGAAGUUCUUGAUAGCUGUUACUCUGAUUUGGACCAGGAAUACGCCGCUACAAGUGGAGAACCUUUGAUAUAUUCAACUUUGGAAAAGAGUGUAAAUCACAAAUUGGGAAAAUUAAAUGCUGCAAUUGCAUCCCUCAUAAUUGCCCACUCAGACCCCAAAGAGGUUAAUUAUUCAACAGCUGUAACGUGUAUGAGCACUAUCAAGGAAUUAGUGCCAGAAUUAGUACAAGAUGUAAAAGCUUUAAAUAGUUUGAAGGAAGAUGGUGAAGCUAGAUUAGCUCUAACUGAUGAAAUAAAGAGAUUGAUUGAUAGAACAGCUGCUCUUUGCAGACUUAACGGUACAGAUGAUCCACAGAAACUACAAGAAGCUGGUAACGCCUAUGGAGAAGUGUCAAGAAACUUAAUCUAUAAAUUUAAUCGUGGAAAUAAGAUGAACUUAGUUGCUGAUAAAGAAAAUGAGAUAAUGGACCUUGCUCAGGAUGUCGGCGAAAGUGCCUCAAAACUACUGAUUGAAAUCAGUGAGUUAAAUAGUAUAAUUACUGAAGAUCCACGCUCUGAAGAACUUGACACUGCUGGGGUAAAGUGCGCCGAUGCUGCGAGAGAACUAUACGAGUGUGCGAAGCUAACUGCACCUUCGAUUCAUGAGCCUCACUGUCAAAGUGCAUUAACAGGGGCCUGCGAAAAUCUGACUUCAUCAGUACAGCACUUGUCUCAAAUCUAUAAACCUAUAGUUGAUGAUCCCGGCCGACACUAUUAUGGCAAAAGGCUGGCUAAUGAAGUAACUGAUCUAAACAAGGCUUUAGAAAGAUUGAUGAAUGCGUAUGCUAAUUUAAAUGAAAAUGAAAACGAUAAUUCUGAUGGAAGUUCUAAUGAAAAGGCACAAAAACUUAAAUUUACGCUAUCACGAGCUUGUAAAGCUUUAGGAGAUAUGGAAGAUCAGCUGUUAAAUGAUACUGACUUUGAUGUACCAACCGAUUACAAUAAUCCACAAAAGGCCGAUAUACAAAAGCUUGAAUCAAAAUUAAGUCAAAACAUAUCAAAAUUAAAUGCUGCAAUUGCGACAUUGCUCCAAGCAACGUCAUCAGAAUCACCCGACUAUGGAAAGAUAAAUGAUGCAAUCAAUACUAUUUCACAAAUUACUCCAGAAAUCAUACAAGAUUCAAAGACACUUGAAGAACGCUUACAUGAAUUAGGAGGAGGCGAUGAAACCAGCAAACAAAAACUGUUAGAAAACCUUAAAGACAUACUCCACGCUACUAAAGAUGUUUGCGCUAGUGCAGAAGAUGAUAACAAAACAGAUCUUAAUGCUGCUGCAUCAAAACUUGCGAAAGCUACGAAGAAACUUCAAUGGACGUGGAAUCCCCUUAGAAACGUCAAUAAGGAGCAUGUGGUCAUGGAGCAAGCCAAGGAAGUUGGUAACAAGACAUCAGCACUUUUAAUGGACACAAGUGAGUUAGUGACGUCCAUCGGUAAUGACCCACGCGCUGAUGACCUGGAAGCAGCUGGAGUUAGAUGCGCUGAUGCUGCUAAGGAUUUGAUUACUUGUGCUGAGUUGACAACACCUACCAUUGAGAACAUCACCAGUCAAUCUGCUUUGAAGGCAUCAUGUGGUAUCUUGGAGUCAGCUCUUCAAAGUCUAAAUGAUACUUACAAACCAAUAGUGUCAGAACCAGAACGAUAUUAUUACGGAAAUACUCUCGCCGCAAGAAAUGAGGAUCUCGUGAAGGCUUUAGAUAAGCUGAAGGACCUUUGUGCUAGAAAUGUUAUGGUGAAUAACGAAACAUUGCCGGAAUCGGAAAAAGAACAGAAACUCAAGUUUGUGAAGUCUUUAUCACGUUUUAGUGACGCUUUGAAAGAUGCAGACUUAAAAUUGAACAAUCCUUCUAUUACAAAUGAUAACGUGAAAAGUGAAGCAAAUCGUGAUAAUCUUCAAAAAGAGUUAUCAAAGAAAAUAGCAAAGUUGAAUGCUGCAAUUGCUCAGUUAUUAAAUUCGAUAUCAGGACUUCCUGAUUACGAAAAAACUAAUUCUGCAAUUGAAACAAUCGCUGAACUCACACCCGAGAUUAUCAGGGAUGGUCGAACCCUUGAGGCCCACGUCGAUGGUAACGAACAGAAAGAGUUACGACAGAACUUGCAACACAUUCUUGAUGCAACCCACGAUAUAUGUACUCACACCGCGGGGCAUGACAAUGCGGGUAUAAGCGAUGCGGUAGCAAAGUUUGCGCAGUCGUCAGGAAAAUUAAAUUUCGUUUUUAACCGCCACUCAAAACCCAAAAAAGACGACCAGACAGUAGACUUGGCUAAGGACGUGGGAGACAAGACGUCGGUGUUAUUGUACAAGACUCGUGGAUUGAUUGGGGUAGAUGAUGAGUUAAAACCAGGAUAUCUAAAACUAAACGAAGCUAUUAUGGCUUGUAAUUACGCGGCGAAAGAGCUUGAAUCUUGUGCUCAGCUUACAGCGCCAUACCUCUAUGAGUCGUCUUGUCAAGAGGCUUUGGCAGAUGCUUCGAAAAAUCUAGCGAAUAAAUUACAAAGUUUAGCUUUAGCAUAUAAACCAUUAUUAGAAGAUCCGAGUCAAAUCAACAAUCGAGAGAUACUUGUUAAUAAAACUAUGGGAGUCAUGGAGGCUUUGGAUAAAUUAAAAGCUCAUGCCGCCUCACAUCAAGUUUGUGACGUCGUUCGUAAGUCUACUAUGGAGGACGAACCAAAACGUAUGUUCAAGGCUAGUUUAACAGAGAGUAAAAAAGCUUUGUCGGAAGCGCUCCAGCAGUUAGAAAGAGACAGCGAACAUGGAAUAAAACAAUUUGAACGGGUUGGAUCCGAGUCAAAUACGUCGCCUAGAGCGUUUUUGUCACAAAAUGUAGCACAACUCAAUGGAGCCAUCGUAUCGCUACUACAUGCUACUACAGAUUCACCAGACUACGACGCUGCCACGUUUGCUCUUCUUUCAAUUUCUGACAUUAUCCCAAAAAUCGUAAAAGCUGGAGAGUGUAUUGACGGUGAAAACCCAAAAGCAAAUAUGAUUGAAAAAAUGAAACCAAUGAUAACGACUGUUCAAGAGAUAUGCAAAAGUGCUGAAGAGGAACGGUUUAAGGACCUUAACAAUAGCACGAUGCAGUUUGCUGACCAGUCGGAAGCAAUAUACAGUGAAUGUAGUCCUAAAUCAAAUGAAAGAAAGAAAGAUCGGAUAUUAGACCUUUCAAAGGGUGCGUGUAAGGACGCCUCGGUAUACCUUACAAAAGUGUAUCAGCUAGCCCAAAAGGUUGGUGUUGAAGAGGCUACAGAUCUCGAUGUCUGUGGAGCGAAGAUAGUUGACACAGCGCAGGUGUUCCUGACUGCUGCACAAGUAACAGCACCAACAAUGGAGGAGCCACAGUGUCAGAAUGCACUAAUUUUAUUCACGGACACAUUUUCAAAGAAAAUCGACGACUUGGACAACAUGUGGUCACCUCUUACUGGACCCCACAAUAAGGAUUUGGCUGACCUAAUGAAAAAUGACUCUAAUAAGCUCCAGAAAACUCUGAACGAGUUGAGAAAUAUUUGUACGUCUGAUAGUGGCGAUGAAGAUAAAGAACAACUACAAACGAAAGUUUUGGAGGCAAAGGAUAAAUUAAAGGCAAUGGAAAAACUUGCCUCCAAAGAGAGAUUGAGGGAAUUGCCUGAGCCGCCACUAUUGGAAUUUGUUUCUAUUAUGACUAAGGACCAGGGAUGUAUUGAAAAAACCACAAUCGAACCAACGAAGUUGUUGCUGUGCGAAAAAUUAUCACAAUUAAAUCAAUCCAUCGCUCUAUUGGUUCAAGCUAUGUCAGGCCGUGGUGAAAUUGAUUACAAAGUCCAAGAAGAACUCGUGCAAAAUAUAUCGCAAACGGCACCGGAGACUAUAAAAUAUAUUCUAUCGACGCAUAAAUAUUUAGAAGAUGACGUGAAGGAAGAAAUGAUUGCCGAAGCGAAAGCUCUGUGCGAGGCUACUCAAGGAGUUCUUAGCAAUUUAGACAAUGACAAUACUGAGGAGUUAUCAGACGCUUUGUCGAAGUAUGCGUAUUCCUCUGGAAAGCUGUAUUUCAUAUUCAGCCCUUACAAGAAAGCGGAGAGCAAGAAGGAAGCUGAGAUCGUCCACACCGCCCGUUCAGCGUGUGAGCGAACUUCCUUAAUGCUAUCUCGCGUCUCUCGGCUUGCUCAAACCCUAGACGCUUCCGAAGCUGAACCAUUGGAUCGUAAUGGAGUAGAACUGGCUGAUGCUGCGCAAGCGCUACUUACUAAUGCUCAGUUAACAUCCCCAAGUAUUCGUUUUGAAUGCUCGCAAUCUAUACUCGAAGACUCAGUGAACCACGUCAAUGAACUCUCUGAAAAGCUCGGCAACGCCUGGUCUCCAUUGGUUUCGUCUGAUGAACAACUGGGUCAACAACUUGAUAAAGAUCUUAAGCACCUGCAGACUGAUCUUUACAGACUCAAGGACAUCAUUCAAGAAAGCAAUCAAUGGAUACCACCAGCGGAUAUUGAGAUUGAUGAUAAUACGAAUAAGAAAAUAGAUUCAGAUACAAAACAUGACAACGAUUUAUUGAUAGAAGACACACCUCUCAAGGAAUUAGCAUCAAAGAUUCUUAACUCCGCAAAGAGUGAAUUGGAAGACGGAAACCUCUCAGUAGAGAAGCAUAGUGCAUUGAAAUGCUUCACCAAUGAGUUGACUGCCGCCCUCUGUGCUUUGGACCUGGCAACUGCACGCUGUAAACGAGAUCCUGUGGACGCAAAGAAGCGCCAAGACUUGGAAAACGUGAUACAGAAUGUACAGCAUCUCUGCCUUGUAGGACAAAGAGAAGCCGAUGCGCAAACUAAUAUAAUUGAUUUAAUGGUAUUUGUCAAAGACGUGAUGACAGCUGCCAAUGACCUCUACCAAUCGACCCAGUUGGUUCACCCUAAUUGUUCUAAGAAAGCUCUAGUGAAUAUAAGAGACGCGUGCGACGAUAUAAUAGGAAAAGCCGAAAAUUUGUCAAACACUCCAGACGUUCCAGAAGAUUCAAUUUUACACGACAUGUUGGUUACCGAACAAUUCGCUCAGGAAUGCGAUGCUAAUGUGAAAACUAUCCAGGAUUCAGUUGAAACAAUAACUGACAAUAACUCAAGGAAUUUGCUUCAUGAAAAACUUCGCGCUCUGAUCGAAAAGUGUGAUCUGUUAAUGUUCGCCGCAAAAGGCAGUGUUUCAUCAGCAGCUGGAUUGGCGGUAGAGGAGGACUUACAGAAUCUGACAGAUGCCGAAAAGAAAAUUGAAUUGUUGCUGACAGCUAAUGACAUGAGCGAAUCCACGGACAAGGAUAAACCCAUAAAUAUGGAAGCAAUUAAAACAGCGCAAAAACCACUCACUAGCGCAGUGAUAGCGAAACAAGAUGAUUUACCGCAAGCACUUACUCAGUAUGCUAUGAGGAUGUUGGCUGCAACACCCAAGGAUCCAGCCAGUCAACUCAAAUUAAACGAACACUUGAAGAAGCUAUUAAGCUUACUAAAGAAACGGAACCUAGCCAGUGGCAGACGAGUAGCGACGUGGCAAGAUGCCGAUGGUGAUGACGUCACAGAUAUCACCAAGCAAAUCGUGGAAGAAAUUCACGAAUACAUACCGAAAGAUAAGGGAGCUACAGAUGGAAAUGAUCUUCAAGCUUUGAUGACAUUUAAAGGUAGUGAAAUUGACGGUGAUAUCAAUGAAUUAAAUUCGAAACUGAGUCAACAAACACAAAAGCUAAGCUUUAUGAUAGGAACAGUCAUCCUAAAUAGUGAUAAGCCUGAAGGAAUAACGCGGGCCGUUCGCAGUACUGGCGAAGCGGUCGCUGAGAUAUCAGCUCUUUCCAAAGCUAUCAAAAAUAAGGAUGUCAUCCAAGGAAAAAAAAUGGAGAAAGCGACAUAUUAUUUGACAGCUGCGAUGUAUAAUCUACUCGAAACGUCAGAAUCUGUCAGUGAGGAGUUCGAAAAACCAGAAUCCCGAAGGAAACUGCUCGAUGCCUGUCGAACUCUGACUGAAGCGUUGAAUAAACUUGCUCAAGUAUCGUCCCGUGCUGACAAAACGAAGCGCGAUGGUGAAGAGUUCCAACGCAAUAUUCAGCUCCAGCAGGUUCUACUUAGUCCGAAUCUGCCCACAUGUGCACUCGGCCUAGAGGGUACUCUAGACGCCUUACAGGCUCAAGGAGAGAUUAUACACAAGCUGGAUAGCGAAGAAACGAUGUCCCAGUCUGAGUGUGGCACUACAUUGCGGUACGUCGCAGCGGCUGCCUGCGCAAGCGCUCAAUACGCUUCACAUUCCGCCUAUCUGCUAGCGAUUUCGGAAGAGAACCAAGAUGCGGCGAAGAAAGGACUCAUAGACCAAACUAGACUGAACCAAAUUUCUGAAUACGUUGAUGAAGUCUGCUCGAAAAUAAUUUCUGGAGAUAAAGAACAGGCGAAAUCAUUGGAACCGGUUCUAAGUAAACACAUACAAAUAUUAUCUGAAUUUGUUGACGACUGUACUAUGAAAAUGAAUGAGGAAGAAAGUGCAAAAGUUAAAGAAGACUAUACUGUCAUUAAUUCAGCUAUGGAUCAACUCAAACAUGGAAUACAAGCCUCCCCCUAUAGGGAUGAUAUAGUAAUUUCUAGAAGUUUGAAACUACUGGAUGCUAUAAAUCGUUUGAAGUUAACAAUGAAGCGGUCGCCUACGCCUCGGUAUAAUGGAUCGACAGCAGAAAAACACAACCUUGGCAUAGUUAUGGAAAACGCUAAAAACCUCUUAAAUGACACAUCCCGUCUGGUGAGUCAAGUGACGUCAUCAGAGGAAGAAGUACUCACGUGGGUGAUGUACGGAGCUAUCAGUAAACAAGUUAUCAAAUCAUACGAGGCCUUACUCACUUGCAUAAGAAAUAAAGGAAGUGAGAUGAAGGUGCUCCAAGCUACAGAAAUAUCGAAUGACGACCAAGAACCACCGAAAAGUCGUCUUCAGACACAAAUCGACUUGAUCAACAAAUGGCUCCGAAACCCAGCGUGCAAACAAGAUGUCAAGAACGAAGCUAUACGCGCAGCUGACAAUAUUAUUGACAUGGGUGAAAAGAUAUGUGAGGAUCUAAAAGAUCCGGAGAAAGAAGAGAUGCUGCACGUUGUCGUAGAGUCAAAAGAACUUCUUAAAGAGUGUACUGUGAAAUAUCAAAGUGCGAAAGCGAGCCUUCUGCUGGAACGACUGAGAGAUCUUAAGGGGAUGUUAGAACGAGGCGUAGUAACGAGAGUCGUAGAGGAAUUCCUUGAAGAACAACCCUUAGAAGAUAUCGAGAAUAUACGUAAAGAAACAGAUGUGAAACGGCGUGACCUCCUACUAGACAAGAAGAUAGCAGAACUUCUCGCUCAACUUGGCCGCGUUUCACGAACUGCUCAAUUUGUGUCGGACACCACCACUGCACCUAUCAGACACGACAUUAUAAACACCAGCAAACAGGUAGAACUUCUCGCUCCAUCACUUGUGAAAGCUGCGCAAGAUUCGGUUAAAAAUCAAGAUGACCAAGCGAUAGAGAACUACAGGGACAUGGUAAUGAAAUACGCUGAAUCCCUUACGCGGGUUCGGGAGUUAUGUGACCGCGCGGUGAAUCCCAUGGACUUUGCGCAAGCAGCGGUUGAAACAAUGGCUCGCAUCAAAGAAGCUUCUAAAAAUGAUCCGAUUAAAGCAGAAUUUGCAUCAUCUAUUAUAACUAGGCUAGGUAACCGCGUCGUGGAGGCAGGUAUGUCAAGCGCCAACGUACAGAAGGACCUUGAGCUUCAGCAAACUCUGGCCAGCAUCAAGAAGAGUAUCAAAGACGCCCAUCACACCAAGACCGAUCUUGCUGCUGAGAUUAUUCGUAAGACUGGGGAAGUGGAGUCUGCUCUCGGCGGAGAAACAAUUUUCCAGAAGGAGCCAGAGGCCGAUCAACCAAUCUUUGCGGCAGCUCACGGGUUGCACGCGGCUGUACGCGAUUGGUCAGCUCGAGAUAACGAAGUGGUUGCUGUGGCCAAACGCGUCGCAGUACUUAUGGCCAGGCUGGCUCACCAUAUGUAUAAUGAUCGCAAAGCUGAGCUGAUAGCGACGUCAAAGGAGAUCGUGGCUAAAUCCCACGAAGUGGCGGCUCUCGCCCGGAAACUGGCCAUGGAGUGUAGUGAUUUGAGGAUUAGAAACAACUUACUACAAGUAUGUCAAAGAAUACCUCUAAUCAGUGGACAACUAAAAAUGUUGACGACCGUCAAAGGAUCCACUUUGGGAAAGCAAGGUUCGGAGGAGGAUAAAGAAGCCAUGAACAUGCUCGUUGGCAAUGCACAGAAUCUUAUGACCAGUAUACAAGAGAUAGUGAAGGUGGCUGAGAGCGCAUCAGUGAAGAUAAUGUCCCAACGUGGACGGAGAAUUCGAUGGGUCAGACGAAACUACUACUGA